CGCGCUCAGCGGCAGGAUUUCUCUUUUACCGGAGGAGGAGGAGGCGCGCGCGUCACGAAUCCGCAGCGACCGAGAGAUGCUACCGAGAGGCCGCUCAGAAGAAAAUCUCAUUUCAAUGUCUGCUUUCUGUAAAUAAAAAAAGCGAGGGCAAUGCGCACGGAAGAACCGCCUGCAGCUGCGAGUGGAACGUCAGCAUGAUCCCGAGGGCAUUUUAGAGAUCCGGCGCUUUCUGGAUCACAAGCAGGGACCCACCGAGGUAGCACAAGGCCCUGAUGCCAAACACAGAUUCUCGCCACUGGAUUUAGGAAAAGCUUGGAGCAACACAGAGCCAGUAUGAGUGGAGGACAGGAGCAGGCUGACAUCCUGUCUUCUGCUGCUCUGGUUAGGGAGCGAUGGAAAGUGCUGAAGAAAAUUGGUGGUGGGGGCUUCGGGGAGAUCUAUGAGGCAUUGGACCUGCAAACCAAAUACAGCGUAGCUCUUAAGGUGGAGUCGGCCCAGCAGCCCAAGCAGGUGCUCAAGAUGGAGGUGGCUGUGCUGAAGAAACUACAGGGUAAAGACCAUGUGUGCCGCUUUGUGGGAUGUGGUCGCAAUGACCGCUUCAACUACGUUGUUAUGGAAUUACAGGGUUUUAAUUUGGCGGAUUUAAGGAGAAGUACAAACCGCGGAACAUUCACUGUCAGCACUACGCUCAGACUCGGCCGGCAGAUACUGAAGGCUGUUGAGAGCAUCCACUCGGUUGGCUUCCUGCACCGUGACAUCAAACCGUCCAACUUUGCCAUGGGACGCUCCCCCUGUACUCGUCGAAUAUGUUACAUGCUGGACUUUGGCUUGGCGCGCCAGUUCACAAAUUCCUCCCAGGAAGUCAGACCACCUCGUCGUGUGGCAGGGUUCAGGGGCACGGUACGAUAUGCUUCAGUCAACGCUCACAAGAACAAGGAAAUGGGCAGGCAUGAUGACUUGUGGUCUCUGUUCUACAUGCUGGUGGAGUUCUUGGUUGGACAGCUCCCUUGGAGGAAGAUCAAGGAUAAGGAGCAAGUGGGGAAGCUGAAGGAGACAUAUGAUCAUCGCCUCAUGCUGAAGCAUUUGCCUUCAGAGUUCAGCAUCUUCCUGGACCACAUUAGCAGCUUGGACUACUACAUCAAACCUGACUAUCAGCUUUUGAUGACAAUUUUUGAGAACAGUAUGAAAACUUACAAUGUGGUGGAAAACGACCCAUACGACUGGGAAAGGACGAGCACAGAUGGUGCUCUUAAUACGCCCACAGCUACCAACGUGCCUCAGCAUCACACACGCCUCACGCCAGCCUACAUGGGGAUGGCCAAUGCCUCUGUGGUGCUUGGAGAUCUUCUGAAGGAGAACACUGAUGAAGUCCUACAGGAUGAACAACUCAGUGAUGGAGACAACAAUGCUGUGCCAGAGCGGCAGCCUGACUCUCCCGCCAUUCCUAUGAGAAACCCAGAAGCUGAUGGUUGGGGAGAUCUGGACCGCAACAGCAACCUUAUUCACUUUCAUGCCUGGAAGGGCCCCACAGAGGAGGAGCACAGCAACAAGGGUAAUCCGAUUCCUCACGCUGUCCCCAGCCUUGGUUCUCCUGUGUGUUUACGCUCUGAGGUAGUACCCUCAGACAGAGAUGCUCCUCUAUUGAGAAAAUUGCGCAACAUCAACACCUUCGAGCUAGACAAGCGACUAACCUUGGAUCCCAAACCCAGCACAGAGCUUUUUCUGGAAGCAUGUGUGGGGAAGCAGAUGCCCAGUUCAGCACAGGACCAAGAAGGUAAUGUUGGUGCGGUGCUGUCUGCUGCCACUGUUCGAGUGUGGCACUAUGAUGAAGAGUUCCUCUCAGGAGAUGCAUCACCCAAACAGGCCUCCCCAGGCUCUCUGCAGCUCUGUGAUGGAGCAGUCAGUAAUGGUUUUGUAGCACUGAAUUUGAGCACAGACCAACAGGAUGUGGAUUUGCAAGACUGGGUGAUGGUGGAACGUGUCGCUGACCAGCAAGACAUUCAUGGAGCAGCCAGUAGCAGCCCAGGAGCCGAGGCCAAGCGAAAUAACAGCCCUUCAGAGGAACCAGAAGUGGUACAGCCAAUGGAUGAAUCUCCUGAUAAGGCCACCCCAAGCCCUUCCCAAGGGCAUACUCUGGCCACAUUUAGAGUGGAAAGGCUUGAACUGAGUAUGGUUCCAGCAACAGGUCUACUCCCUAUUACACCCACCAGUCCUGCUGAUGCACUGGCAGAGGGAGCUCUCACACAGCUUCCAACCUCUCCUGCAUCUCUACCCGAGGAGGUGGUGACUCGGAAGCUCCUGCGCUCCCCCAGUCCUCAUGCCUUUCUGAGCACAUUGUCUGAUCCCUUGCACCAGCGCUCCCCACCCACUAUCCGCCGUAGCCAAUCCGCAGAACACCAUAACCAGCACUACGUCUCAACCUCCCAGCCCCGUAUUACUCACAGAAAGCUGCCAGCCAUUCCACCAGGCGCCUCCAACUCCAAGAUACCUUCAGUCAUACGCAUCACACGUGCUCAGUUGCAGCAGUUGACAGCUCAGCGUCCAUCUGCACUCUCCUCCCACUCAGCCUCUGACAGCGUGCCACAGUGCCCCCAGCUGGAGAAUCAUGAUAUCAAUGGGAAAGAGUCUCUGCCACAGGAUUUCACUGUGGACAUCCACUCACCUCAAGAGUUGCCUCGGUCUCUGCGCUCCAAUCCCUCCAGUGUUGAUGCAGAAAUUCUGCUAAAUGGAAAUCUGCAAAGCCCAGUGCCAAGCCCAGAAAACGUACCUGCUAAUGGCUGCAAUCCAGCACUGACAAACAGCCACGCCGACUCCGCAACAGAUGCCCAGAAGGCUCUACUGUCUGAGCAGAAGGACACAAAGAGAGACUCUGAUGUCUACACAGAGCCUGAUCAGAACUUUGCACUGGCGAACAAUGUAACAUCCUCUGUUGAAAGUACUAAUCAGGCUCCAUCCUCUCCAGCUGCUUUCUCGUCUCGGGAUCCAAGUCGUCGACUGAGCCGUAUCCCUGUCCUCGAGCCCUCCAGUUUGCUGCAGGAUGUUCCUCCAGGCUCAGCCAAAGAGAAACUGCUGCAGAAACGAAGCCGCCGCCUUCCCACCUCUCCCUGCGCCUCACUGUGUGCCUCACCUUCACUUUCCUCAGUCCAGCGUGAUCACCUGUCCUCCACUUCAGCCUCCGAGCGCUCGCAGGACGAGGAGUCCCUACAUGGAUUGAGACAGGGUGAUGAUGCACCCUCGCUGUCCUCUUCCUCUGGCCUAAACUCCCAUAAGAGCAAAAUACCCAGACCUGUCAGCCGCUCUACCUCAGAGGAACUCACGUCCCAGUUUGUGCCUCGGCCGCCUCCCGGGAAACCUCCCAGCCGUACGUCCGCAGAUGGCAGGCUGCGGCGUUAUCGGAUACGAACAGGCAGCACAGGUGACUCGGAACUGAUGACUUGCCUGGCUCAGCUGAUGCGAGGUGGAACCAGCCGCUCCUCAUCCCUGCAAUCGCGCAGCUCACCACAGCAUGUGGGCACCAGGCUUGUCUGUAUUAACCAGUCGGGUGUCUCACAUCACCACCUCCAUCACCAGCGCAGCUCCAGUGCUUCCCCCCGUAGCUGCUCCUCACUACAGCGCUCCAUCAGCUCUUCCCCCUCUCGUCACGAGCACCGUGUCGGAUGCCUGCGUAGCCACUCACCCCCCAGCUUCUCGGGGUCUCCACCUUUGCGCCGUGCGCAUCCCCAUGCACAGGAAGGCAGCUGUGGCCACAAGGCCCGCACCAAAGCUUGCAUUCGGGAGCCCAAGUGCUCCAGCAAGUUGAGCAGAUAAUUUCCCCAGUAAAUACAUGUACACACGUUAGUGCACUCGUGUAAAAAUCACAAACAGAUCAGCACGGAGGAUAAGGCCUGCAAGAUUCUUGUUUUUUAUGCUUGACUUGUACCUAUAUAGUAUCCAGUCUUAUUACAGCAACUACACAGUAUUCUGCUUCUUAGAUUUGCACCCACUACACUUUUAAAUCGGACAAUGAGAGUACGACAUGUAUCAUCUCUGUAACCUAUGUUCUCCCGUUGUUCUAAACCUUUUUUUAAGAACUGUGAGUGUAAUGCAUUUGGGAUUUUUUUGUGGGACUAGUAUUUUGGUUUGUUUUAUCUAAAAAAAAAAAAUCAUGCAGCGAGAGCACUGGUAGAGUUCAUCUAACAUUAGAUGCAUGGGUUUGUGUAAUUGCAUCAAGCUAUUAAAACCUGUAAUAUAGUAUUUAUUGAAAUAUGUACUUAGGCUCGAUUGCAUAUUGCACCCUUCUAAUCCAUGCAGUGGCAGGUACACUGACAGAUCGCCAACGUAACGUAUAAUUCCUGGAAGCCAUCGAUUUGAUCUUUUCUGUCUGUGCUGUCUUUAAUCCCUCAUUGAAGUAAAUGUAUUUUUUUUCGAGGGUGCAGGGUGUGAGGACUAGCAUUUCCUUCCCCCAAAAAACACUAAAGCAAUUGCAGAGAUUCUUUCAUGCAAUUUGCUACGUGCCUAAGGAGACGCUACUUUAGAUUAUGGGCGAGCACGGUACAAGCUUUCACAAUCAGCUGGGUAUUGUUUUGAGCUGUGGCGCUCAUGCUGCUCUUUUGUUAAAGGCACAUGCUUGCACAUACACAUAGACAUAGACACACACAUCAGACGUACACACACUUGCAGAUACGGCAUUCAUAUUGGCUUUUAAACUCUGUCACUCGUUUGAUCUGUGCUGAUCGAUCACUGUGUCCGAAAGGGUUAUCUGCUCCGCAGGUUGGAUAAGCUUCAAAGAACGUUCAAAGGGAAUAUUUUAUAUCUAGUAUAGUACAGAACAUAAGAAUUUCAAUCACUUAUUCAUGUGUAAGGGCAGCAUGGAAAGGAGAAGGUUGUCCCCCAGAUCUAUGGUGUGCAGUUUUGUUAGAAUGAUAGAAUGAAGUUGAAAACAAAACUAAUUAUUGUCAGCUAGAGAUCCUUUAAAACUAGGCAGUAUGGAAUUUCAAAUAGCAGAUUUGCUCAAUGACUAUGAUAAGAUUGAUAAGUCACAAAACAAUUUUAUGAAAACAAAUAUAUUGCACCAAAAAUGUAUAUACUCUUGCCUAAAAUAUUCAUUCUUGCAGUGCUCUUUAAGGAGAUGGUCUACCCUUAAAAUAUGAUGCUGUGUAAAGUGUGUGGGUUUUUAUUUUGUUACAUCAUGGAUUUCAUGUUGUUACCUGAUGAUAGCUACAUGCUUUGCAAAACAGCUAAAAAUCCUAAAUACAUGAUAUGUAUGCAAAAGGGAAACAGUUCAGGAAAACAAUUUAGUGCAACGUGAAAGGUUUUCCCAGACCUCCAUGCAUAUACAGUAUCUCACAAAAGUUUGUACACCCCUCACAUUUCAGCAGCCAUUUUAGUAUAUCUUGUCAAGGGACAAUACUAUAGAAAUGAAACUUGGAUAUAUUUUAGAGCAGCCAAUGUGCAGCUUGUAAAGCAGUAUAGAUUUACUGUUCUCUGAAAAUAACUCAAUAUACAGCCAUUAUUGUUGAAAUAGCUUGCUAGUAACAGCUUUAUGCCAUGUAACCAUGCAAAGCCACAUGUCCUAUUCAUCAUGUUUAGGUUUUUCUCUGCUUGACAGGACCAUACAAAUCUUGUAUUAGAGCAGUUAAAGUUUGGUGCUUUGAGAACAAUUCUCUCAUACUGACUACUGGAUGUUCAACAUGGCACCUCAUGGCAAAGAACGCUCUGAAGAUUUGAGAAUUAGAAAAGUUACUCUCCACAAAGGCUAUAAGAUCAGUAACACCCUGAAACUGAGCUACAGUACAGUGGCCAGGGUCAGACAGAUUUUCCAAGACGGGUUCCACUCAGAACAGGCCUCACAAGGGUCCAUCAAAGAAGUUAAGUCCUCGUGCUGUGCGUCAGGUGCAGAAGCUGACUUUAAAAAACAGAAGCAUGAGUGCAGCCAGCACUGAUUUAGAGGUUGCAAAAGCAGAAGGUACGCUUUUCAGUGCUGAGACUAUACGCCGCACACUGCAACAAAUCAGUUUGCAUGGGCGUCUUCUCAGAUGAAAGCCUCCUCUAAAGCUGGCUCACAAGAAAACCUGCAAACAGUUUGCUAAAGACAACCUGUCCAAGAGCAUUUUGUAACCAUGUCCUGUGGUUGGAUGAGACUAAAAUAAACUUGUUUGGCUCAGAUAGUGUCCAGCAUGUGUGGUGACGCCCUGGUGAGGAGAAGCAAGAAAAUUGUUUCUUGCAUGGUCAAGCAUGGUGGUGGUCAAGCAAUUGUCUCAAGCAUGGCCCAUGAUGUCAUUAUGAAGGAGUGGAAGAGGAUCCCAGCAACAACCUGUGCAGCUCUAGUGAAUUCCAUGUCCAGGAGGAUUAAGGCAGUGCUACAUGACAGUAGUGCUCACACUAAAUAUUUACACUUUGGACAGAGUUUUGACGUGUUCACUUACAGUUUACUUACUUUUGUUGCCAGCUAUUUUGACAAUAAAGGCUGAUGUUGAGUUAUUUUCAGAGGACAGUAAAUCUACUGCUAUACAAGCUGCACAUUAACUACUCUAAAGUAUGUUUUAUUUUUAUGGUAUUGUUUCUUAAGAAGAUAUACUAAAAUGGUUGCUAAAUGUGAGGGGUGUUUUUUUUUGUGAGAUACUAUAAGCACAUCCUUUUCAUUAAGUCAUUAAGUAUUACACAUUUCUUCAGAACUGAAUUUUCUAUAGUUCUGCUAAUAAAUCCAUGCUAUUUAUUUCCCUGUACUGACAUUUUUGUGCUUCCUUUACCACGUUCUCCCUUUUUGCUCUACUCUAAUCUGCCAAAAAGGUCAAACGGCAUUUAUAUAAAAUGUAGUUCAUGUUCACGAUCAUUUCCCAUAUAUGAUCGAGACAUGUUGUCAUGUCCUUGGAGGCACUGUUAAUAUAUCUUUUUAUUAAUAUACACUAAUAAAUGAUUCACAUUUCCUCUUAAUGUUCUUUUAUAAUAAGUUUCACUUUCAGCCUCUCUCUUUUUCAACUGAUAUUAUUUUGAGUUUUUUAGGAAGUGUCUACUAUCGAUACUACUAUCGACAUAUGACAUUACCAUUUAGCAUUGUGUAUCAGAGAAUGCCUUUUUUGUUUUGAAUCAAGAGAUGAUCCUGUGAUGUAUAUUACAGUCAGUUUUAAUUUCCAGAGAUUAUGCAUGCGUUGCAUUUAAUUACUAUGGUUGAACUAAUGGUUUUUGGAUCAAAACUUUUGAUGUUCAUUACACAACUGUUGCUAGUUGCAAAUAGUUCCUUGGAAAAAAGAGCAUUUGCGACUUCCCUGUACAAUCUACCACAACAUGAGUUUCACAGUGUUACUCGGCCUCUGCCACCCAUCAUCUAGAAUUAAAUCUUGGUACGGUCAUGUGUAGACAUGCUAGGGAACUAGAAAUGGUCAUUUUAAAAGAUACUCCCAAUGGACGUUAUCAUGUUUUGCCCCAUUCAGUGAAGUUGUUGUUCUACAUACAUAUUUUCUGAAUUAGAAAUGACAGGGCCCUUUACAUUUCUCUGUGUGUAACAGCUCUGCAUUCUUUUCCUGCUGUCAACAUCAAUGUCUUAGUUGAUAUGAAAAUGUAAUACUGUAAAUGAGGAGCCAGUUUGUAUAAGGAAGCUUCUCUCUGCACUUUUGAUGUCUGAAGAGUGUUAAAACAAUGAAGGUUCCAGGGUGCCAUGUGCUUCACGGCUGACAAUUAAACACCAUUUUCAAUAGUUGAUUUUAUUUUCGCAAAUCGAAAUACAUCUUUUCCUAUUUGUUUUUCUGUUACAGAUUUUCUGUUUUAUAAUCUGCUUUAAGUAAACAGUGCAGUGCAGAAUUGAAACAGCAUUGUACAGCCUAAAAAAAGAAUGUUAAAGCAAGAGACCACAUUGUACAUUUUUGCAAUAUUUGUGUUGUUUUUAAUUUGUAUCAUAUCAAUGCAUUGUACAGUGUUGUGGUUUUUUUUUUUCAUUUAAAAUUGUUUUGUAUUUUAUUUUUAUAAACUGGUUAUGAAUAAAAUAUUUAUUCAGCAUGCCGGCAGAACCUCUA